CUCUCUUUCUCUACAGUCGGUCAUUUUCAUAAGGGAUCAUAAUCCUCUUGGACAGGAAGUAUCUGGCUAUAUAGACUACGCCCACAGACUCCAGACCCAAGAUUUUGAACCAUAUUUCAGCGGAAAGAAGAAGCUGAUGCCAGGACGCUCGGAUUUAUGCUACUACAACUGGAGGACGCAGGUGUCCACGUCCAACUCCAGCCACAACUUUGAGGUGAUCUACGAUGACCCCCACGGCCUCCUCUUCAAGAACAAGAGGGACAACAAGGUCCUGAACGUGGACCCACUGUCGGACGCCGGCGAGGACUCCAGCCGGACCUUCCUCCAGUCGGACCUCUACCUCCACGCCGUCAUCUACGACCACCACAUCAGGAGCGCCUGAGCUUCGGAGGCGGAGAGACGCCAAUGCGAGCGAGCGGCCAUUUGCGAUCUGCUGCCCUCGCAUCAUGCGUGCCAUCUGGGUGGAGGUGCUGCAGCGAGAAGGAAAGAAUGUGGGUUCCCAUGGGAACGAGUGGACGGACCAGUGGGACCGCUUAGCAAAACAACCUGAGCUUUCAUCUGGGUUUCUCCUCCCCUUAAAUGUCCCCUUAAAUGUCCCCUUAAAUGUUCCACGUGGUGACGAGCAGGUUUCUACGACCUUCUUCGUCCCAUCGUUUGGCCCGGCGUGUUUCGGACUGUUUGUCUAAACAAAUGAAAGAAGUAAGAGCUUUGAAAGAUGGCGGGGGUUGCUUUUAUGUCCCCCCCC